UGCAGUAACACACUCCGUCCUUGACAGGAAGCUAAGAUGGCGGCCGCCGUGGUGAGGAGUCUGGGCUCCACUUUGGGUAAAAACCUCCGAGAGAUCCGCCUGCAUCUCUGCCAGACCUCCGCGGCCAGUAAGGGGGCCAGAGAGUUUGUGGAGCAGAACUACGUGACCCUGAAGAGGUCCAACCCGGAAUUCCCCAUCCUGAUCCGGGAGUGUUCUGGAGUCCAGGCCCGGCUCUGGGCCCGAUACGAUUUUGGGAAAGAGACGAGCGUCUCCGUGGAGAACAUGUCAGCUGAUCAGGUGGCCAAAGCUCUGCAGACUCUGGCUCAGUCCAAGCCCUGACCCCCGUCUGAGCCCGCAGUGGUUCAGUCCAUUCACUGACCUGUUUUUGUUUCUGUAAAUGUGCUGAUGUGAAUAAAGUGAACAUGUGAAGGUC